UUGACCUCUCUUCUCUUUGGCUCUCCUCUCUGUCCCGUAAAUUUGCUGGACUUCAGAUUCCGACCCUUCUGGUUACUCGUAAGGAAAGAAAUGGUUUCCUGGCUUCUCCCUUUUGCUGCAUUUGUUGCCAUUGUGGCAGUCAUAGAAGGAACAAAAAUCAGUUCGGGCGGAAUGUGCCAUCCGAGUGACCUGAAAGGCCUCACAAGUUUCCGGGCGAAUGUUCGGGUCGAUACUUCAGGAAGGCUUGCGAAGUGGACGGGGAUCAAAUGCUGUGAGUGGGAAGGCAUUUCCUGCGAUAAUUCAACCGGACGCGUGAUAGAAAUUCGUCUCCCAGGAUUUAUUUCGACGAGCGACUCUCCGUAUCAGUCCCAGAUGAAAGGUCUCCUCUCUCCUUAUAUCACUCUUCUGAGGUCUCUCGAAGUCAUUGAUCUCGGUGGACUUAUGGAUCUUUCUGGAGCUAUACCAUCAUCCAUUGGAUUUGAUCUCCCGAAUCUCCGAAAGCUCUACCUUUGCAGUAACAGAAUAACGGGACAGAUACCCAACAGCAUUGGUAAGCUCUUGAAACUUGAAGAACUUGUACUGUUCGAGAAUAGAUUAUCCGGGACAAUCCCUCCAAGCCUCGGGAAUCUUGAAAAUUUGAGCUCCCUGCUCCUCUACUCUAAUCAGCUUUCAGGAAAACUCCCUAAUUCUCUUGCGAAUUUGACGAGUUUGGUUCAUAUUGACAUCCAUGGAAACUAUCUCGCUGGUGACAUUCCAGAAAAUGUAGGUCGACUUCAGAACUUAAAAGAGCUUGAUCUCUCGAACAAUCUCUUGAGCGGGAAAAUUCCAACUUCCAUAAGUAACUUAACAGCCAUCUCCACAUUGUAUUUGGAUGCCAACAACCUUGAGGGACCAAUCCCGAAUUCCUUACAUGAAAUGCCUUCCCUUGGUUUUCUGAGGCUGCAGAACAAUCGUCUCAGCGGAAACAUUCCACCAGCUUUUGGCAACAUAGCAUCCCUUCAGAGAGUCUCAUUAGCUAAUAACAAACUCACGGGAGCAAUACCGCCGAGCAUCGGAUAUCUAUCGGCUCUAACAGAAUUGUACCUUGAUGGAAAUCUAUUGUCGGGCCAUAUACCAAGAUCAAUCGGUCAUCUAUCGGGUCUUUUGGUCUUAAACAUUUCUUACAAUGCAAUACAAGGCCAAUUGCCCCGUGAGAUGUCUUCCUUGCAGAACCUUCAAAUUCUGGAUUUGUCUUUCAACAGACUUAACCUUUCCUCAAUCCCGACCUGGUUCUCACAACUAUCCUCACUUUCCAAGAUCUACAUGGCCGGAUGCGGAAUCAAAGGCAAAUUUCCCAGGCUUUUAUGGAUGAUGCCUAGUCUGGUCCAGGAACUCGACCUAUCUGCUAAUCAUAUAACGGGAGGUCUGCCGUCAUGGCUCGGCAGCCUAACCCAGCUCUACCUGCUGAACCUUUCAAGGAACUCGCUAGUUUCAGGAAUCCCUGAAACAUUUGCAAGCUUGAGUACCUUGGCUAUACUAGAUCUCCACUCAAAUAAGCUGACAGGAAGUAUAGAAUGUGUUUUACGGUCACCGACUUAUAUCGAUCUUUCUGACAACAGAUUCAGCGAUGGAACCGAAAUGAUAGGAUUAGGAGCUGAAUGUGGGAUCCGUUAUCUCAAUUUAUCAAACAACUCCUUAGAGGGAAGACUGCCAGACUCCAUAGCAAGUUGUAUUUUGAUGAAGAGCUUUGAUGUCAGCAGUAACGAGUUGGGGUUCAACUUGCCUGUCGGAUUAGCGAGCAUUAGCUCGCUGGAGACGCUGAAGCUGCAGCGGAACCGUCUCACUGGCAAUAUACCUAAGGAUUAUCUGAAGUUGAGGAAAUUACGAGUAUUAGAUUUGUCAGAUAAUCUCUUGGUGGGGGAAAUUCCUGCCGGGGAACCUCUAAGUGACUUCCCCGAGAGCUCAUUUUCCGGCAACAAAGGAUUGUGUGGGAAACCCCUUCCUCCCUGUAGGUUUUGAGUAUUUCUUUUUCCUUGUUUCUUCCAAGAGAGUGCCAACUCUUUUUGCUUAUAAAAGAUAGGCAAACAGUCAUUUGUUU